UCCCACAAUGCAACGCGGGUAAACUAAUUUCUUCUUCCUCGACACAUGGCUUGUGCUCGCGAAUAUUUUCAUUUUGUUGAACCCAAGGCUAACUAAGGCUAACGGCAAUUUUUAAAGUGCGUUUCCUUUUCCAUUCUCCCACCAAAUGAAGGUUAAAGUCCUCUCGAGGAACCCGGAUGAUUACGUCCGGGAGACCAAACUAGACAUUCAACGUGUCCCCAGAAACUAUGACCCGACUCUGCAUCCUUUCGAGGUGAGCAGAGAGUACACCCGCGCCCUGAAUGCCACCAAGCUCGAGAGGGUGUUUGCCAAGCCUUUCUUGGCCUCUCUGGACGGACACAGGGAUGGGGUGAACUGCAUGGCCAAGCACACCAAGAGCCUCUCCACCCUGCUCUCUGGCUCCUGCGACGGGCAGGUGAAAGUGUGGAAUCUGACCAAACGCGAAUGCGUCCGCACCCUCCAAGCGCAUGAAGGUUUCGUCCGGGGAAUGGUCGUCCGCUCUUGUGGAACCUCCUUCUUCACGGUUGGUGACGACAAAACAAUCAAACAUUGGAAAAUGGAGGCACCCGGUUAUGGCGAGGAAGAGGAGCCACUCAACACUAUUCUGGGCAAGACAGUCUUCACCGGCCUGGACCACCACCAGAAGGAUGCCGUGUUCGCAACAUGUGGCCAGCAGGUGGACAUCUGGGACGAGAGGAGGAGCAGCCCAAUCCGCUCUUUCACUUGGGGCGUAGACAGCUUCAGCGCUGUGCGCUUCAACCCGGUGGAGACUGAACUACUUGCAAGCUGUGCCUCUGACAGAAGUAUAGUACUGUAUGAUAUGAGAGAAUCAGCGCCACUUAAAAAGGUUAUCAUGACAAUGAGAAGCAACACGUUAUGUUGGAACCCUAUGGAAGCCUAUUACUUCACGUGUUCAAAUGAGGACUACAACCUCUACACUUAUGACAUGAGGUACCUGGACCAGCCAGUCACAGUACACAUGGACCACGUCUCUGCUGUGCUGGAUGUUGACUAUUCUCCAACUGGGAAGGAGUUUGUAUCUGCCAGUUUUGACAAAACCAUCCGCAUCUUCCCCAAGGACGGUGGCCACAGCAGGGAAGUCUACCACACCAAACGCAUGCAGCAUGUCAUCUGCAUAAAGUGGUCGGCAGACAACAAAUACAUCCUGAGCGGCUCCGACGAAAUGAAUAUCCGACUGUGGAAAGCCAACGCAGCUGAGAAACUAGGAGUGCUGGCCCCCAGAGAGAGGCAGGCCACCAACUAUAGCCAGAAGCUGAAGGAGAAGUUCCAGCACCACCCGCAGAUCCGACGCAUCGCUCAUCACAGACACCUACCCAAGAGCCUCUACCACCAGACCAAGGAGCUGAGGGUUAUGAAAGAGGCUCGCCGCAAGAAGGAGAGGAAUGUCCGCAAGCACAGCAGGCCGGGAAGUGUUCCUCUGCUGUCUGAGAAGGAGAAGCACGUUGUGACUGUGGUCAAAUAGGCAGUGCCAGAGGAGAGAGCGGAGGACCGAUGCCCGCCGCCGAGAGAUGAGGUGGAGGCGCCCUCCCCCAGAUCACACCCACAUGGGACAUGUUCAGACUGCUUUCACUUCAAAGUGAGGGGGGGGGUGAAUUUGUCUGUUGGGACUAGUUGGAUGUUAUCAUUUGAAGCCCAAGGACACAGACUGUAAAUACAUAGACAUUAAAUAUGGUAAAACUGUGACUCAAGUGACUAAUCGCACAUUUUGCUUUGAGCAAGUUUCCGUUCAUCACACAUUUUUAAGAAAUGGCGAGCUGAUUUUAAUUGAUCCAUCUUUCUUUUUUUUUUUAAAGAGUGUCAUUUGACUUGGUACAAUACUGUACUUGCAACAAAAUGUGUUCCCUGUCUCGUUAGUCUUUUCCAUUAAAUGAAUUUCCGGA